AUGGAAGAAUUUGUUGUAGGAGAAAAAAUAAAACUCCAUAUGUUGGAAUAAAUCGGAAGAAAAGUAUGCAUGCCUAUAAAUAGCCUCUGUCAGUUUCACCAUUGCUCUUCCUUCCCAAAUACCCAACAACAUUUCAUGCGUUUCCUUUCUCUCUCUCUCUGUCAAGGAAAUCGCUGAAACCAGUCCGAUCCAUGGGUUUCUUGGGCCAAAUCAAGAAAUGGGCAUUGAUCUGUUGUGUGAUUCUUCAAUGUUCCGAUGGGUUUUAUCUCCCGGGCAGUUUCCCUCACCGGUAUGAUGUGGGAGACCAGUUAUCUGUGAAGGUGAAUUCUUUAACCUCAAUUGAAACUGAAAUUCCAUAUGGGUAUUACACUUUGCCAUUCUGUAAGCCUCUUGAAGGUGUCAAGGACAGUGCAGAAAACCUAGGUGAGCUCCUCAUGGGGGACCGAAUCGAGAAUUCCCCGUAUCGAUUCCGGAUGCGGGUGAAUGAGUCCGAGAUCUUUCUGUGCAAAACGGGCGCAUUGUCAGCUGAUCAGUUCAAGAUCUUGAAGGAGAGGAUUGAUGAAAUGUAUCAGGUGAAUCUGAUUCUUGACAAUUUGCCUGCAAUUAGGUAUUUGAACAAGGAUGGUUUCCUUCUUAGAUGGACCGGGUACCCGGUUGGGGUUAAGGUCGAGAGUGCUUACUAUGUGUUCAAUCAUUUGAAGUUUACUGUUUUGGUUCAUAAGUAUGAGAGAACGAGUGUCGCGGGUGUAGUUGGGGCUGCUGAUGGGGCUGAGCUUAUAGCGGGCGACUAUAACUCAAGCAAAGUUGAGGUCGCCCCGGGGUAUGUGGUGGUAGGGUUCGAAGUCGUUCCGUGUAGCUUCCAACACAAUGCCAAAUCGGUUGCGAAUCAAAGUAUGUAUGUUAAGUAUCCCACAUCGAUUCAGUGCGACCCCGCAAUGGUGGGCAUGGCCAUUAAGGAAGGUGAACCGUUGGUUUUCACCUACGAGGUCGCCUUUGUAGAGAGCGACAUCAAGUGGCCAUCUAGGUGGGAUGCGUAUUUGAAGAUGGAAGGCUCGAAAGUCCAUUGGUUUUCGAUCCUGAAUUCGCUCAUGGUGAUCACAUUCUUAGCCGGGAUAGUUCUCAUCAUUUUCUUGAGGACGAUUCGAAGAGAUUUGGCUCGGUACGAGGAGUUAGACAAGGAGGCUCAUAUGAACGAGGAGUUGUCGGGGUGGAAACUUGUGGUUGGGGACGUUUUUCGGGCACCCGGGAAUCCUAGACUACUUUGCAUUGUGGUUGGGGAUGGAUGCCAAAUUCUAGGAAUGGCGGUUGCCACGAUCUUUUUCGCGGCGCUGGGGUUCAUGUCCCCAGCCUCCCGUGGCAGUCUGAUCACGGGAAUGCUUUCCUUCUUCAUGUUCUUAGGCAUUGUCGCCGGUUUCGUCUCCUCUUGGCUUCUGAAGACGGUCAAUGGCGGAGAUCCGACCGGGUGGUUUUCCAUUUCAUGGAGAGUGUCUUGUUUCUUCCCCGGGAUCGCGUUUUUCAUCCUCACAAUCUUGAACUUUCUCUUGUGGUGGAGCCGAAGCACGGGAGCGAUCCCUUUCGUGACUUACGUGGUCCUUCUCCUCCUCUGGUUCUGCAUCUCGGUUCCCUUAACCCUAAUCGGUGGACUCAUAGGGGCUCGGGUCCCGCACCUAGGAUUCCCGACCAAAACCAAUCAAAUCCCUCGUGAAAUCCCCGCCCAGAGAUUCCCGACAUGGUUGCUUGUCAUCGGGGCAGGGACCCUCCCGUUCGGGACACUAUUCAUCGAGCUUUUCUUCAUAAUGUCGAGCAUUUGGCUCGGGCACGUGUACUACGUUUUCGGGUUCCUCUUCGUGGUCGUGAUUCUCCUCGUCGUGGUGUGCGCCGAGGUCUCCUUGGUCCUCACCUACAUGCAACUCUGCGUCGAGGAUUGGCGUUGGUGGUGGAAGUCGUUCUUCGCAUCCGGUUCGGUUGCAUUUUACAUCUUUUUGUACUCUAUCAACUACCUUGUGUUUGAUCUCAAGAGCUUGAGUGGCCCAGUCUCAGCCAUUCUGUAUCUGGGCUACUCAAUGCUAAUGGCUAUCGCGAUAAUGCUCGCGACAGGCGCCGUUGGCUUCCUCACGUCGUUCUUCUUCGUGCACCGCCUUUUCUCCUCGGUGAAGAUAGAUUGAUGACUCGAAGGAAAUAUAUUCAUGAGUUCAUUUUUUUCUAUUUUCUUUCUUGGUUUGGUUAAGAAACAUACAAUAAUUACAGUUUUGUUUU